AUGUCAGGGGACUUGAGCUCGCCCUUUGCCUUCUAUGCGUUUGAUCAACUUUACUCUCGUUUGAACUCUGAUUCAGGAACAUACCUUUCCUUCGAAGCGGUAAAGCAGUUAUUUCCCAACUACGCCAUCGAUAGUAGGAAAACAACCGAGAAGACAUCUCUAUUCAUCACCUGGAAGAAGAAAUCGGGAAGGAGCAGAGAAGGUGAGCUGCGAGGAUGUAUUGGAACUUUCGCAAAGCUCGCACUGCUGAAGGGGAUUGAAAAGUACUCACUUAUCGCAGCGUUACAAGAUCACAGGUUCCCCCCAAUCACGAAAAAAGAACUUCCCACUCUUACAUGUAGUUGUAACAUCCUCCACAGCUUCCACACUAUCUUCAGUGAUAAAAAAGGCGACAUUUUCGAUUGGGAGUUAGGAGUUCAUGGUAUCGAACUCACAUUCAAAGACCCUAGCAGCAAUCAGAUCAUGAGCGCUACGUUUCUGCCAGAAGUGAUGCCUGAGCAGCACUGGGACAAGGAGGACACCUUCAAAAAUCUUAUAGAAAAGGCAGGAAAUUGGAAAGAUGUUGAUUUCUUAAUGAAUCACUACGAAGACUACUUUAUCGACGUUAUCCGCUACGAGGGGGAAAAAAGUCAAAUUGGUUUCGAAGAAUUCAAGCACCUACGAGAUGGUGUUGAAUCCGCACAAACUGGUCACUGA